CCUAGAUGGCGUAUAAAAAUUCGUCUACUUAUUUACCGUAUUUGAACACAUAGUUUUUGUUCCAAUAAUUGUCGCUUUAAUAAGAAUAUAGAAAUUAUGAGUCAGUGUUUCCGGUUUGAAUAACAUAAAUAUUAAUGCCAUUACGAAAUAUGGGUAGAAAAUGCGUAGCUAUUGGUUGUAAUUCUUCUAUGAAUGGGAAAACUUCCAUCAUGUUCCACAAAUUCCCCUACAGAGAUCCUAGUAGAAUGCUUAAAUGGCUUGAGCUAUGUCCACCAGAUCUGACUACAGAUAAAGGUAGAAUUCUUCUUUGUUCAAGGCACUUCCAUCGGGACCAGUACCUUAACAGAAAUGCAAAAAAACCAAAACUAGUGCAUAAUGCUGUUCCAUUUAAGAAACAAAAUCCUACAAGUGACAGCAAACAAAUAGAAAAGCAAAACUCUGGAGAGCUUCCAAACGAGCCAGAUAGCAAGCAAUCGCUGGUGUGGAUCCCAAUGCAAGAAGACAUAGAAGACGUGGAUGAGUCUGAACAGCCAGAUAAAGAUAAUGAAAACAAUGACUUCCAAUAUGAUAUAGAAGACUCACUUACAGUGGAAGUUAACAUGAAAGAUGGUGAAUCCACUGGGUCCUUUGAGUUUGUUAGAGAUGAUCCUGCAAAAGGAGCUGGCAGCUCCACAACAAGUCAAGCACUAAUCUUAGAAAACAUUCGCCUCAAGGUGACCAAUGAAGACCUGAAAACAAAACUGAAUAGUUCUAAAGAGCGUGUAGCAUUCCUUGAGAAACAAGUACACAACUUAAGCAGGUUAGCAGCACUGUGUCAAUGUUCUUGUACCAAUGAGUCCUCCACCAGCAGUUGAGAGAUGUGUUCUACAACUUUGUAAAUUUACCCAACUAAAUAAGGAAAAUAUGAAACCAAAUAAAAACAGUUUUGAUUGUAA